AUCAAAAGAAGUGAAUUUAUUAGAUAGAUUUAUUUAAUUCUUCGUAUCAAAAUAAAAAUUAAGCGGCAUAAGUGUUUUAAAAAGAAUGAAGUGAGUUUUUAGAUUGCACUAACAUUUAUUUCUACAUCGUUCCAGUAUAUUUGAGGUUAAGUUGCUUUUCCAUGUGUUUAAUACAUUAAAAAGUUGCAAUUAUACUUGCUAUGGCGCAAAAGACGAAACAGGACAUGAACAUUCAUUUAGUACCAGAAAACAUAAAUUUUUCCCUAUUCACAACUGAACAAGUAAAGAAAUUAUGUGUCACAAAGAUUGUAACACCACUUAUGUUAGACGCUUUGGGGCAUCCUUUGCCUGGAGGCUUAUACGACAACAAAUUAGGACCACUUUCUGACAGAGGCGAGCCUUGCGGGACAUGUCAGAAAACAUUAUUAAACUGUCCCGGACAUUUCGGAUACAUCGAGCUCCCAUUGCCCGUUGUAAACCCGAUGUUUAGCAAAAUUAUAGGAAUGUUACUGAGGAUGUCGUGCCUUUCGUGCUAUCUCAUUCAAAUACCAACACACAUAAAACGUUCUAUAUCCAUCCAGAUCAAGUUGCUAAACGCCGGGCUAGUCACUUUAUCCAUAGAGGUGGAAAGUACCAUUGCACAAUUAAUUGCCACUUACAACGCUUAUGAAAAUAUACCCGAGGAGGCAAUUGUUCCGAUCCUAGCUUACGAGAAACUAGCGAAUCAUACUCUAAGGGAAUUGGGAUCUAGUGUUUUGAGCCAGAAUACGGAGACGUUGCAAAAUCAGUUUUUAAGCGGGAUAUUAAAGGAAGUAAAAGUUGGGAAGUUAUGUAUGUACUGCAAGAAACCGAUAAACAAGAUUCAGGUUUUGAAGAACAGGAUCAUUAUGGUUACGAGUAAGGUGGGCGUCGAUGACAGUAACGGUCCUUUGAUGUCGCAGACAAUUAGAGGCAUGGAGUCCAAAUAUGUGAAUCCCGAAGAGUCUCGGCAGUAUAUGCGACGUAUUUGGCAAACGGAACGGGAAUUCUUGGAGCAAUUUGUGUCGGUAUUAAAAAACGUCGAUACCGAACAUCCAACGGACGUAUUUUACUUCGACGUAUUAGCUGUGCCACCGCCCAACGUAAGGCCGGUCAACAUAGUUCAGGGAAGGAUCAUCGAGAACAAGCAGUCGAUGACGUACAAAACGAUCCUGCAGUGCGCCAUCCUGCUCAGGGCUAUUAUACACGUUGUUCAGAAGAAGGGCGAUCAUAACAGUUUGACGUCUACCGAGGCCAAGGCGGCUUACAGUUACGCCAGGGGAAACACGCCGAUCGAAAAGUUGAACAAUGCUUGGGAGGAGUUACAGGACAACGUGAACGGUUUGGUCGAUAAGGAAUCAGUCCGUAGAAGCGAAGGAGAGGGACUGAAACAGAUAAUAGAGAAGAAAUCGGGCAUCGUCCGCAUGCACAUGAUGGGAAAACGUGUCAACUUUUCAGCUCGUUCCGUCAUCACGCCGGAUCCCAACCUCAACAUCGACGAGAUCGGUAUUCCGGAAGAAUUCGCCAAACGAUUGACAUAUCCCGUACCCGUGACGCCUUGGAACGUGGAAGAGCUGCGGAAGAUGAUCAUGAACGGUCCCAACGUCCACCCCGGGGCUGUUAUGAUCGAAAGUAACGGUAUCGUGAAGCGGAUAAAUCCGAACAACGCCACACAGCAGAAGAGCAUCCUGAAGUGCCUCUUGACGCCAGACGAUAAGGAAAAAGGCUUCCAAACGGUUAAAAUUGUGCAUCGCCAUUUGUGCAACGGAGACGUCCUUCUGUUGAACCGUCAACCGACGCUGCAUAAGCCGAGUAUAAUGGCUCAUACCGCGAGGAUACUCAGAGGAGAAAAGACGCUUCGGCUUCACUACGCUAAUUGUAAGGCUUAUAACGCCGACUUUGACGGGGACGAGAUGAACGCUCACUUCCCACAGAACGAGCUGGCUAGGAGCGAAGGAUACAAUAUAGUUAACGUCGCCAAUCAGUAUCUUGUACCAAAAGACGGCACGCCGCUUAGCGGUCUGAUUCAGGAUCAUAUGAUAGCAGGGGUACGGAUUUCUAUAAGAGGCAGGUUCUUUAGUAAAGACGACUACCAACAGUUGGUGUUCCAAGCGCUUUCCUUCAAGAAAGGGGAGAUUACACUGCUGCCGCCCGCCAUAAUCAAACCGCAACAGCUGUGGUCCGGUAAACAGAUCCUUUCCACGGUCAUCAUCAACAUCAUCCCCCAGAGGAGGGCGCCUAUAAAUUUGACCGCAACGUCAAAGAUCCCAGUAAAGGCGUGGCAAGCGCGACAUCCAAGGAGAUGGAAAGCGGGCGGUACCACGUUUUCUAGUCCUAUUACGAUGAGCGAGACCGAGGUUAUAAUAAGAGAAGGCGAAUUGUUAGUGGGAAUUUUGGAUAAAUCGCACUACGGGGCAACGCCCUACAGCUUGGUGCAUUGCAUGUAUGAGCUAUACGGGGGUUUAUACGCCAUCAGGACGCUCUCCUCUCUCGCUAAAUUGUUCAUGAGGUUCCUGCAACAAGAAGGGUUCACGCUGGGCGUUCACGAUAUCCUGACCGUAAGGAAAGCCGACUCGAAACGGAGGAAAAUAAUAAAAGAUUCGAGGGAGAUAGGGGUAGAAGUUAUUACCACCGCCUUAGAUUUACCCGUAGACACUCCCCUGCAUGAAAUCGUGGAAAAGAUCGAGGAGGCCAGUGCGACGAACCCGAAAAUCAGGGCCGUGAUCGAUCGGCAGUACAAGUCGUCGUUGGAUUCUUAUACGAACGAUAUCAACAGUUUGAAACCAUUCGNUUUGAUCAAGCACUUGGAAGGGCUGCACGUCGGUUACGACAUGACUGUCAGGAACAGCGAUAAGAGCGUGAUUCAGUUCAGGUACGGCGAAGACGGCAUGGACAUAUCCAAGGCGCAGUUCUUCAACGAGAAACGUCUCGAUUUCUUGAAAGACAACAUAAAAGCCUUUGCUCAGGAUGAACUUAUUAAACAGUUCAAGAAGGGAGAGGACCAGUACGAGAUAAAACAGCACCACAGAGCCAUAACCAGAUGGAAAGCUACGUACGGAGAUCCCCUGGAGAAGGUGCGUACGAGCCCUUACCAUAUUAUGAUAGAAAGGGUGAAGGAGAGAACGUCGAAUAUUUUCGAAGCGCAUCGUUUGCAAAAUAUAUGGCACAGCGCCGACUCCGAUGUUAGAGAGGCUUGCAAAGAUUUUUGCAAACCGUGUCCGGACCCCCUGGAUGCCGUUUUCCAGGCGGACAGACAUUUCGGUUCGAUCAAUGAACGGCUGGAAUCGAUGCUCGAGGAUUACCCCGUGCAAAAAAAGAAGAAAUUCCUGAACAUGAUGAAGUUGAAAAUCAUGCAGUCGAUGUGCUCGCCCGGUGAACCCGUCGGGUUACUCGCCGCCCAGUCAAUCGGUGAACCUUCGACUCAAAUGACACUGAACACAUUCCAUUUCGCCGGUAGGGGCGAGAUGAACGUCACCCUGGGUAUCCCCCGUCUCAGGGAGAUCCUGAUGAUGGCCUCCAAGAACAUCAAAACGCCUUCCAUGGAAAUCCCAUUCAUGAACGUGCUUGGAGUGGAGCAAAAGGCGGAAACGCUGAGGAAGAUGCUUACGAGGGUCGUGGUGGCCGACGUGCUGGAAAAAAUCGACGUUACGACAGAGCUGCAACUGGAGCCAGUAAGGCAGUACCGGUACAUCUUGAGGUUCCAUAUCCUGCCGAAGCGGUGCUACAGCCAGGACUACUCCGUUCAGCCCUGGAUGAUCAUUCAGCACAUGAAGAGGUUUUUCUCGGAGAUGUUCGCUGCCAUCAAAAAAUUGUCCAAAAUAAAUUCCCAUGUGGUUAUGAUGGAGGAAGACCGGAGAAGGAAGAAAACGAGUCGAGCAGCGAAUCAAGAGGAAGAUGAGGGGAACGGGGAGCAGGAUAAAAAUGACAAUAGCGGAAGGCCGGGGGACCUGAGUAGUUCCGAGGACGAGGUCGAGGACAACGAAGACGCGAAGAUCACCAAUAAGUUUAAGGAUACGCACGAGGGUCAGGAGCCGGAAGAGGAAGAGGAGGAAGGGUCUGAUGAAGAGUCUGAAACGGAAAACGAAGAGGAAAACCAGNACAAUAGCGGAAGGCCGGGGGACCUGAGUAGUUCCGAGGACGAGGUCGAGGACAACGAAGACGCGAAGAUCACCAAUAAGUUUAAGGAUACGCACGAGGGUCAGGAGCCGGAAGAGGAAGAGGAGGAAGGGUCUGAUGAAGAGUCUGAAACGGAAAACGAAGAGGAAAACCAGAACCAGGAACAAGAGCAGAAAUCCGAAAGCAACACAGUCGUCGAUUCCUUCAACUUCGCCCAGAAUUACUCGGAAGAUGGAAAGAAGUACUUAUGGUGCGAAAUUACUUUUGCGCUGCCGCUGAACUUUAAAAAACUGGACUUGACCGCCUUGUUGAGGGAAGCGGCGGCCAAAUCCGUCCUGUGGGAAACGCCUCAAAUAAAGAGGGCCAUAACGUACAGACACGAGAAUAAGCUGAUCCUGAGGACCGACGGUAUAAACAUCAUGGAAAUGUUCAAAUACGACACCCUCUUAGACCUCAAGAAGCUCCACUGCAACGACAUCCACAAGAUGGCCCAGACUUACGGAAUCGAAGCGGCUUCCAAGAUUAUCGUCAAGGAAGUAAAAGAUGUAUUCAACGUUUACGGAAUUAAAGUCGAUCCGAGACAUCUGUCGCUCGUCGCCGACUACAUGACUUUUAAUGGGACUUUCGAGCCGCUGAGCAGGAAAGGGAUGGAGAGCAGUGUUUCGCCCUUGCAGCAGAUAUCGUUCGAGUCUUCGCUCGGCUUCCUCAAGACCGCCACUAUAAGAGGGAAACAAGAUAAUCUACAGAAUCCCUCGAGUGCGUUGAUGAUCGGAAAGCCUUGCGGGACAGGCACAGGGUGCUUCACUCUAUUCAGCAGGCACACUGCCACUAAUUGAAGUGCAGUUGUUUAUGUUAUGUUUUUAAGUUUAUAAAAAAUGUUUCAUA